AUGCAGUUUUUACGUCUCUUGAGUUUCCUUGCAUUGGUCUCGUUUUGCUACGCAAAGAUUAUCCAAGUGACAGACGAAAACUUUAGCUCAUUAGUAAACGAUUCCGAUGAAUGGAUUUUAGAUUUCUAUGCGCCCUGGUGUCAUCACUGCAAAUCUUUUGAGUCCAGCUACAAGCUUCUUGACAAUUCCUUAUUGUCUAAUGGAAUGAACGUCAAGCUUGGCAAGGUUGAUACAGAUUCUAAUCCUUACCUUGCCGCUCGUUUCUUUGUCUCUCGUUUACCCACAGUGGUUCACAUAAAAAACAGACAAGUCCGUUUUAUCAGUCAGCGUAAUCCAUCUGCUCUUCUCCAAUUGUUGGAGGAAGAAACAUGGAAAGAAAUUGAACCCAAGACUGGUGUGAUGUCUCCUUAUGGUUUCAUGGGUAUCUCUUUUGGAUACAUUGGCGCUAUUGUCAAGAAGGUGUCUACUAUGUCUCCUUGGACUUUGGUAGGCGGGCUUGUUGUACUCUUGAUUCUCGCCAUUGGCUUGCCUGCUUAUCUUGGCCCAGCUGGUGGGGAUCAAAGCAAACGUGAGACCAAGACCAGUGCCAGCUCUACCUCUGUUACUGCUAGACCCGAUGCAAUUCGUCAAAGACGAUCAAAACGUAUUGAUUAAAAAAAGAAGACGAUAUUUGCUUAGAUCCAAUUGCAUUUCUUUUUAUCAUUGUCAGAUGUAUGUUUAAACAUUGUACAUUAUUGUAAUACUUCUCUUCUUCUUUUUAUUAAAAUGAAGAUAAAACUAUAAAGUACAUUUGGUAGACUACAGAUUUGUUUGAAGUAUAUUGAUUUAGGUUGAAAUAUCAGAAAGGAUGCACUAUAUUUCUACAGAAAGGCAUUCAGUCUGUACUAAUAUACAUUUCAACCAAAUAAAUAUGGCCAGCAUUAGGAUGUAUCUGU